CAGCAGCUGUGCAUGCAGUUGCAGGAUGUCUGGACAAGAAGGAGACUCUCUGUGCGUGUUUAUCAAUGGGAAAAAGGUGACUGAAAGCCAUGUGGAUCCUGAGACGAUGCUGCUGCCCUUCCUCCGGGAGAAACUGAGGUUAACUGGAACCAAGUCUGGCUGCGGCGGUGGAGGAUGCGGGGCGUGUACUGUGAUGGUGUCACGCUACCAACCCGCUACCAAGACCAUCGUCCAUUACUCAGCCAAUGCCUGUCUCCUGCCGGUCUGUCAGCUCUAUGGAGCCGCCAUCACCACAGUGGAGGGUAUCGGCAGCUCCAAGACCAGGAUCCACCCCGUGCAGGAGCGAAUAGCGAAGGCUCACGGCUCUCAGUGUGGAUUCUGCACUCCGGGGAUGGUGAUGUCCAUGUACGCCUUGCUGAGGAACAAGCCAAAGCCAACCAUGGACGACAUCACGCAGGCUCUGGGUGGAAAUCUGUGUCGCUGUACUGGAUAUCGACCCAUUGUGGACGGCUGCAGGACUUUUUGCCAGGAAGGGAACUGCUGCCAAGCCAAUGGAGGAGCUGAUUGUUGCCUGAAUGGAGAAGGAAAUACCAAUGAAUCAGAGCAUGAAAAGCCACAACUAUUUCACCAAGAGAAGUUCCUUCCCCUAGACCCGACCCAGGAGCUGAUCUUUCCUCCAGAACUGAUUUUGAUGGCUGAGGCGGCAAACCCCCAAACAUUGACCUUUUAUGGGGAGAGGAUGAUCUGGAUGUCUCCCACCUCUUUGGAGGAGCUGGUCCAGCUCAGGGCAAAGAACCCAAAGGCUCCACUGGUCAUUGGCAACACCAACAUAGGUCCAGAUAUAAAAUUCAAAGGCAUCCUGCAUCCACUGAUCAUCUCUCCCAUGAGAGUCAAAGAGCUGUUCGAAGUUUCAGAGGGAGCAGACGGUGUUUGGGUCGGAGCUGGCUCCAGUCUGUCUGAGCUCCAGUCUCUGCUGGAGAAAAUGGUUCCUCAGAACCCAGAGGAGAAGACGGAGCUGUUCAGAGCUCUGAUCCAGCAGCUGAGGAACCUGGGCAGCCUGCAGAUCCGCAAUGUUGCCUCUCUCGGAGGAAACAUCGUGAGCGCGUACCCCAACUCAGAUCUGAACCCUGUUCUGGCUGCUGGGAACUGCAAAGUUAAAGUCAUCUCCACCGGAGGAAGUCGAGAGGUUCCUCUGAAUCAGGACUUCUUCAUAGGAUUCGGGAAAACCAUCCUGAAGCCGGAGGACAUUGUCGUCUCAGUUUUUAUUCCAUUUACAAGAAAGGGGGAGUAUGUGCGAGCUCUCCGUCAGGCGCCAAGGAAGGAGGUCUCCUUCGCCACGGUAACGACUGGAAUGAGAGUGCGUUUUUCCGAGGGAUCCAGAGUGGUUCAGGAAGUCAGCCUGUACUUCGGAGGAAUGGGUCCAAACACCGUUAAUGCCACCAAGACCUGCAAGGCCAUCACUGGAAGGCCGUGGGAUGAGGAGACCCUGAAUCAGGCAUACGACGCCCUCCUGGAGGAGCUGGAUCUCCCUCCGUCCACUCCUGGUGGAAAGGUUGAAUUUCGCCGGUCGUUGACGCUGAGCCUCCUCUUUAAAUUCAACCUGGAGGUCCUGCAGAAGCUCAAAGAAGCGAACGUAAUCAAAGAUGAGAUUCCAGAAAAGCUGCAGUCUCUGCCGAAAGAAAUCCAACCCAGUCUGCAGGAUUUUCAGCAUGUGCCAAAGGACCAGGACAGUCAGGACCCAGUGGGACGUCCCAUGAUGCACCGCUCCGCCAUCAGCCAGGCCACAGGCGAGGCGGUGUACUGCGAUGACAUUCCCAAGACAGACGGGGAGCUUUUCAUGGUUCUGGUCACCAGCUCUCGGGCACACGCUAAGAUCAUCUCGCUGGACAUGAGCGAAGCCCUGAAGCUUCCAGGAGUUGUUGACGUGAUCACAGCCAAUGACGUUCCAGGGAAGAAAGCCCGCCCCACUUUUGGCUACGACCAGGAGCUGCUGGCGGAGAACCAGGUGUUCUGCGUUGGUCAGACGGUUUGCGCUGUUCUGGCCGAUACGAAGACACACGCUAAGCGAGGAGCAGCCGCCGUGAAGAUCACCUACGAAGACAUGCCAGACCCCAUAUUUACCAUCGAGGACGCCAUUGAGAAGUCGUCUUACUAUGAGCCGCGGCGAAUGUUUGCUAGAGGAGACGUGACUGAAGCUUUUAAGACUUGUGAUCAAGUUUAUGAAGGACAGAUUCGACUGGGAGGCCAGGAGCAUUUCUACAUGGAGCCUCAGAGCAUGCUGGUUGUUCCCGUUGGUGAGGAGAAGGAGUUCAAGGUCUACAUCUCCACCCAGUGGCCCACUCUUAUUCAGGAAGCAGUUGCAGAAACGCUGGACAUUCAAUCCAACAGAGUCACCUGUCACGUGAAAAGACUGGGCGGAGCAUUUGGAGGGAAGGUGAUUGUGACCUCCGUCUUGGCCUCCAUCACCUCUGUGGCUGCGUGGAAAACCAACCGAGCUGUUCGCUGUGUCCUGGAGAGAGGCGAGGACAUGCUGAUCACCGGGGGGCGUCAUCCUGUCCUGGGAAAAUACAAAGUGGGUUUUAUGAACGAUGGAAGGAUCAUGGCUGUGGAUUACUACUAUUACGCCAACGCCGGCUGCUUUGUGGACGAGUCUGUGCUGAUCUCUGAGAAGAUUCUGCUUCAUCUGGACAACGUUUACAACAUUCCCAACAUGAGAGGCCACUCGGCCGCCUGCAGGACCAAUCUGCCCUCCAACACGGCAUUCAGAGGCUUCGGCGUCCCGCAGGGCCUGCUGGUGGUGGAAAACAUGGUCAAUGACGUUGCUAUGGCGCUAGGACGCCCCGCAGACCAGGUCAGAGAAGUCAACAUGUACAAAGGCCCGUCAGCCCUCAACAAGUUCGAGUUCAGCCCGGAGAACCUGCAUCGCUGCUGGGAGCUAUGCAAGCUGAAGAGCGACUACAGCGCCCGGCGCCAGGCCGUGGACCAGUUCAAUCAGCAGAACCGCUGGAGGAAGAAGGGCGUCGCCCUCAUUCCCAUCAAGUACGGCAUCGCCUUCGCAGAGAGCUUCUUAAACCAGGCCGGAGCGCUGGUCCACAUUUAUAAAGACGGUUCUGUUCUGGUGACUCAUGGCGGGACGGAGAUGGGUCAGGGGAUCCACACCAAGAUGCAGCAGGUUGCAAGUCGGGAGCUUCACAUUCCGACGUCAAAGAUCUUCCUCAGUGAAACCAGCACUGGCACCGUUCCAAACACCUGUCCCUCCGCCGCUUCCUUUGGCACCGACGCCAACGGCAUGGCGGUCAAGGAAGCCUGUGAGAUUCUGUACCGCAGACUGGAGCCGAUCAGGCUGAAGGACCCUAAAGGAUCAUGGGAGAGUUGGAUCAAGGAGGCUCAUAUGCAGAAGAUCAGUUUAUCAGCCACUGGGUUCUUCAGAGGGGAAGACCUCUACUAUGACUGGGAAAAGAUGGAGGGCCAUCCGUACGCCUACUUUACCUUUGGGGUGUGCUGCUCUGAGGUGGAGCUGGACUGCCUCACCGGAGACUACCGGACGCUGAGAACGGACAUUGUGAUGGACAUCGGUAGAAGCAUAAACCCGUCUGUGGACAUCGGCCAGAUUGAAGGAGCAUUCAUGCAGGGUUUGGGUCUCUACACUCUGGAGGAGCUGAAGUACUCCCCAACCGGGAUCCUGUACUCCCGAGGUCCGUCCCAAUACAAGAUCCCGGCAGUGUGCGACGUGCCUCUUAAGUUCAACGUCUACCUCCUGCCGGACUCUUGCAACCCCCACGCCAUCUACUCCUCAAAGGGAAUCGGAGAACCUACCCUCUUCCUGGGCAGCUCCGUCUUCUUCGCCAUCAAAGACGCGGUGACGGCAGCUCGCUCCGACUCGGGGCUGUCCGGCCCAUUUUUUCUGGACACGCCUGCGACUCCAGAGAGGGCCUGUCUGGCUUGUGCCUCGCCGUUUAUUAAGAAGGUCCCAACCAGUAAGCCGGGAUCCUUCAAACCCUGGGCCUUAGACAUCUAAAAUCCAAUCAAUCCAUUAACCAAUCAACUGUGAAUCAACCUUAACCAACAAAUGUACUUAUUUUCCUGUAAAUGGUUUCCACUACAAGAGGAAUGAAUCCAUUAGCAACCAUGAAAUGUGUCACUGAUUAUGUGCUUUUGCUCCCAGAGCAGAAUAAUGAAAUUAACCAAUUUUGGAUACUGAUUAUUUUUAACUUCACUUUUGCAAGAAUCAAUCAUGCAACUAGAGGAUCAUUUUAAAAACUUCUAACCACAUGUAAAUGUGUAGGUAAUUUUUUAAAGACUCUGUAAUCACCAAUAAAUUGUGUAUAAAUUCAAAGAUUUGAGCAAACUUGUUGGUUUUGUUUGUUUCUGAUAUCAGCACUGAUGUAGAAAGAUGUUUUUUGUCCUGUUAAAUAAGGUUUUUAUUCAAAACGUCCAUGUCCAGAGUUUUGCACACCCUGGGUAAGUGCCCAUCUAAAACCUUGCCGCUUAUGUAGAGCACCAUUGUUCUGUAGGGCUCUACACAAGCCCCACAGAAAUAAAGAAAAUUCAGCUGAUUUUCUUACUUUAUUACAGUUUGAGUUUAAUUUUAAUUUUACGUAUCCAUCAAUAAAAUGUUCAGCAUAUGACCC